AUGGAUGAAACAAUGUGGAUUCCCAUUCUUCUCAUCUCCUCGCUGCCCGUUUCAGGUGCAGUGUGGGGAGAGGAGUAUGUAAGAGGAGUCGUGGGAAGAGCGAUCACAACCGAUUGCCACUAUGCACCAGAGUACCGCUCACACACAAAAUACUGGUGCCGUGAGUCGUGUCGCCUGUCUACAAUUGUAGCGGAAACAAAUGGGCAACCCGGACGGAGUGGAAGAGUGUCAAUCACCGAUCACCCGGCACGAGGAAUAUUUACUGUGGCUGUGGAGGAUCUUCACUCUGGAGAUACAGGAUGGUACAGCUGUGGAAUGACAACAUCUGCUGGCCGUCGUAUGUUUUCCGUACAUCUAGAAGUAUCUGACGAACCCGUGUCUGUUCCUGUGCUUGGAUUUCUGUCACCAGCUAAUGUCUCCUGUCUCGGGGGCUCAGUGUCAGUGUCCUGUGAUUCGGUCCAGGGAUCCCUUCCCAUUAGCUACAGCUGGUAUGAAAAGACCCCAUCUGGGGAUUCAAAGAUCUCAGACAACAAUACCCUGGAUCUACAUUGUCAAUCCUUCAAACACCAGCACCAUCAAUAUUAUUGCACAGCCUCAAAUAGACGUGGAUCAAACUCCAGUGAAAUGGUCAACGUGUCCAUCUCCAGCAGUGACGUGCCCUGUAGUUUCGUAGUGAAAAUCAACGGCACUGUUUCAGAUGCAGUGUGGGGAGAGGGGGAUAUAAGAGGCGUUGUGGGAAGAGCGAUCACAAUCGAUUGUCACUAUGCAGCAGAGUACCGCUCACAGACAAAAUACUGGUGCCGUGGGAGGAGUCUCCAAUGUACAGUAUUAGUGGAAACAAAUGGGCAACACGGACGGAGUGGAAGAGUGUCAAUCACAGAUAACCCGGCACGAGGAACAUUUACUGUGACUGUGGAGGAUCUUCACACUGGAGAUACAGGAUGGUACAGAUGUGGAAUUACAACAUCUGCCGCCCAUCCAAUGUUUAUCGUACAUCUCCGAGUAUCUGACGAACCUGUGUCUGCUCCUGCGCUCAGAUAUCUGUCACCAGCAAAUGCCUCACGUCUCGGAGGCUCGGUGUCAGUGUCGUGUGAGUCUGUCCGUGGAUCCCUUCCCAUCCAUUACACAUGGUGUGAGAAGAAAGAGCAUGGGUGUUCAACGAUCUUGUCUGGCAAUCAACUGGAUCUGAGUUGUGAAAUCCUCGGAGGUCAACACCGUCAAUAUUACUGCACAGCCUCAAAUAAUCGUGGGACAAAAUCCAGUGAAAUACUCAACGUGAAAGUCUUCAAAGGAGCAGGAACGUGCAGUUAUGUGACAGAAAUGAACAAUACAGUUUCAGGUGCACUGUGGGCUGAGAGCGAAGUAAGAGGGGUUGUGGGAAGAGCGAUCACAAUCGAUUGUCACUAUGCAGCAGUGUACCGCUCACAAACAAAAUACUGGUGCCGAGAGAUAAGUCGCCAGUGUACACAUGUAGUGGAAACAAAUGGGAAACAUGGACAGAACGGAAGAGUGUCAUUCACAGAUAACCCGGCACGAGGAAUAUUUACAGUGACUGUGGAGGAUCUUCAAUCUGGAGAUACAGGAUGGUACAGAUGUGGAAUUACUACACCUGGCGAACCAACAUUUAAAGUACAUCUCCAAGUAUCUGAAGAACCCGUGUCUGUUCCUGUGCUUGUAUUUCUUUCACCAGCCAAUGUCUCCUGUUUCGGAGGAUCAGUGUCAGUGUCAUGUGAGUCGGUCCGGGGAUCCCUACCCAUUACCUACACCUGGUAUGAAAAGACCCCAACUGGGAAUUCCAAGAUCUUAGACAACAAUGACCUGGAUCUACAUUGUCAAUCCUUCAAACACCAGCACCAUCAAUAUUCUUGCACAGCCUCAAAUAAACGGGGAUCAAAAUCCAGUGAAAUUGUCAACGUGACCAUCUCCAGCAGUGACGUGCCCUGUAGUUUCCCAGUGAAAAUCAACGGCACUGUUUCAGGUGAACUGUGGGGACAGGGGGAUAUAAGAGGAGUUGUGGGAAGAGCGAUCACAAUCGAUUGUCACUAUGCAGCAGAGAACCUCACACACACAAAAUACUGGUGCCGUGGGAGGAGUCGCCAAUGUACAGUAUUAGUGAAAACAAAUGGGCUACACGGACGGAGUGGAAGAGUGUCAAUCACAGAUAACCCGGCACGAGGAACAUUUACUGUGACUGUGGAGGAUCUUCACUCUGGAGAUACAGGAUGGUACAGAUGUGGAAUUACAACAUCUGCCGCCCAUCCAACGUUUAUCGUACAACUCCAAGUAUCUGACGAACCCGUGUCUGCUCCUGUGCUCAGAUAUCUGUCACCAGCUAAUGCCUCACGUCCCGGAGGCUCAGUGUCAGUGUCGUGUGAGUCUGUCCGUGGAUCCCUUCCCAUUCAUUACACAUGGUUUGAGAAGAACGAGCAUGGGUGGUCAACGAUCUUGUAUGACAAUCAACUGGAUCUGAGUUGUGAAAUCCUCGGAGGUCAACACCGUCAAUAUUACUGCACGGCCGCAAAUACUCGUGGGACAAACCCCAGUGAAAUACUCAACGUGAAAGUCUUCAAAGGAGCAGCAACGUGCAGUUAUGUGACAGAAAUGAACAAUGCUGUUUCAGGUGCACUGUGGGCUGAGAGCGAAGUAAGAGGGGUUGUGGGAAGAGCGAUCACAAUCGAUUGUCACUAUGCAGCAAUGUACCGCUCACACACAAAAUACUGGUGCCCUGGGAUACGUCGCCAGUGUACACAUGUAGUGGAAACAAAUGAGAAAUAUGGACAGAACGGAAGAGUGUCAAUCACAGAUAACCCGGCACGAGGAAUAUUUACUGUGACUGUGGAGGAUCUUCACUCUGGAGAUACAGGAUGGUACAGAUGUGGAAUUACUGCACCUGGCGAACCAACAUUUCAAGUACAUCUCCAAGUAUCUGAAGAACCCGUGUCUGUUCCUGUGCUUGUAUUUCUGUCACCAGCCAAUGUCUCCUGUUUCGGGGGCUCAGUGUCAGUGUCAUGUGAGUCGGUCCGGGGAUCCCUUCCCAUUACCUACACCUGGUAUGAAAAGACCCCAUCUGGGAAUUCCAAGAUCUCAGACAACAAUGCCCUGGAUCUACAUUGUCAAUCCUUCAAACACCAGCACCAUCAAUAUUCUUGCACAGCCUCAAAUAAACGGGGAUCAAAAUCCAGUGAAAUGGUCAACGUGUCCAUCUCCAGCAUUGACGUGCCCUGCAGUUUCCCCGUGAAAAUCAACGGCACUGUUUCAGGUGAAGUGUGGGGACAGGGGGAUAUAAGAGGAGUUGUGGGAAGAGCGAUCACAAUCGAUUGUCACUAUGCAGCAGAGAACCGCUCACACGCAAAAUACUGGUGCCGUGGGAGGAGUCGCCAAUGUACAGUAUUAGUGAAAACAAAUGGGCUACACGGACGGAGUGGAAGAGUGUCAAUCACAGAUAACCCGGCACGAGGAACAUUUACUGUGACUGUGGAGGAUCUUCACUCUGGAGAUACAGGAUGGUACAGAUGUGGAAUUACAACAUCUGCCACCCAUCCAACGUUUAUCGUACAACUCCAAGUAUCUGACGAACACGUGUCUGCUCCUGCGCUCAGAUAUCUGUCACCAGCAAAUGCCUCACGUCUCGGAGGCUCAGUGUCAGUGUCGUGUGAGUCUGUCCGUGGAUCCCUUCCCAUCCAUUACACAUGGUUUGAGAAGAACGAACAUGGGUGGUCAACGAUCUUGUAUGAAAAUCAACUGGAUCUGAGUUGUGAAAUCCUCGGAGGUCAACACCGUCAAUAUUACUGCACGGCCGCAAAUACUCGUGGGACAAAACCCAGUGAAAUACUCAACGUGAAAGUCUUCAAAGGAGCAGCAACGUGCAGUUAUGUGACAGAAAUGAACAAUACAGUUUCAGGUGCACUGUGGGCUGAGAGCGAAGUAAGAGGGGUUGUGGGAAGAGCGAUCACAAUCGAUUGUCACUAUGCAGCAGUGUACCGCUCACACACAAAAUACUGGUGCCCUGGGAUAAGUCGCCAGUGUACACAUGUAGUGGAAACAAAUGAGAAAUAUGGACAGAACGGAAGAGUGUCAAUCACAGAUAACCCGGCACGAGGAAUAUUUACUGUGACUGUGGAGGAUCUUCACUCUGGAGAUACAGGAUGGUACAGAUGUGGAAUUACUGCAACUGGCGAACCAACAUUUCAAGUACAUCUCCAAGUAUCUGAAGAACCCGUGUCUGUUCCUGUGCUUGUAUUUCUGUCACCAGCCAAUGUCUCCUGUUUCGGGGGCUCAGUGUCAGUGUCAUGUGAGUCGGUCCGGGGAUCCCUUCCCAUUACCUACACCUGGUAUGAAAAGACCCCAUCUGGGAAUUCCAAGAUCUCAGACAACAAUGCCCUGGAUCUACAUUGUCAAUCCUUCAAACACCAGCACCAUCAAUAUUCUUGCACAGCCUCAAAUAAACGGGGAUCAAAAUCCAGUGAAAUGGUCAACGUGUCCAUCUCCAGCAUUGACGUGCCCUGCAGUUUCCCAGUGAAAAUCAACGGCACUGUUUCAGGUGAAGUGUGGGGACAGGGGGAUAUAAGAGGAGUUGUGGGAAGAGCGAUCACAAUCGAUUGUCACUAUGCAGCAGAGAACCGCUCACACACAAAAUACUGGUGCCGUGGGAGGAGUCGCCAAUGUACAGUAUUAGUGAAAACAAAUGGGCUACACGGACGGAGUGGAAGAGUGUCAAUCACAGAUAACCCGGCACGAGGAACAUUUACUGUGACUGUGGAGGAUCUUCACUCUGGAGAUACAGGAUGGUACAGAUGUGGAAUUACAACAUCUGCCGCCCUUCCAACGUUUAUCGUACAACUCCAAGUAUCUGACGAACACGUGUCUGCUCCUGUGCUCAGAUAUCUGUCACCAGCAAAUGCCUCACGUCUCGGAGGCUCAGUGUCAGUGUCGUGUGAGUCUGUCCGUGGAUCCCUUCCCAUCCAUUACACAUGGUUUGAGAAGAACGAGCAUGGGUGGUCAACGAUCUUGUAUGACAAUCAACUGGAUCUGAGUUGUGAAAUCCUCGGAGGUCAACACCGUCAAUAUUACUGCACGGCCGCAAAUACUCAUGGGACAAACCCCAGUGAAAUACUCAACGUGAAAGUCUUCAAAGGAGCAGCAACGUGCAGUUAUGUGACAGAAAUGAACUAUACAGUUUCAGGUGCACUUUGGGCUGAGAGCGAAGUAAGAGGGGUUGUGGGAAGAGCGAUCACAAUCGAUUGUCACUAUGCAGCAGUGUACCGCUCACACACAAAAUACUGGUGCCCUGGGACAAGUCGCCAGUGUACACAUGUAGUGGAAACAAAUGGGAAAUAUGGACAGAACGGAAGCGUGUCAAUCACAGAUAACCCGGCACGAGGAAUAUUUACUGUGACUGUGGAGGAUCUUCACUCUGGAGAUACAGGAUGGUACAGAUUUGGAAUUACUGCACCUGGCGAACCAACAUUUCAAGUACACCUCCAAGUAUCUGAAGAACCCGUGUCUGUUCCUGUGCUUGUAUUUCUGUCACCAGCCAAUGUCUCCUGUUUCGGGGACUCCGUGUCAGUGUCAUGUGAGUCGGUCCGGGGAUCCCUUCCCAUUAACUACAUCUGGUAUGAAAAGACCCCAUCUGCGAAUUCCAAGAUCUCAGACAACAAUGCCCUGGAUCUACAUUGUCAAUCCUUCAAACACCAGCACCGUCAAUAUUAUUGCACAGCCUCAAAUAAACGGGGAGCAAAAUCCAGUGAAAUGGUCAACGUGUCCAUCUCUAGCAGUGACGUGCCCUGCAGUUUCCCAGUGAAAAUCAACGGCACUGGUCAUGAAUAUUCUUGUGGAAAAUCGAUAACAUCCAAUUACUCUGCAAGUUACAUCUCAUGGAAAGUGGGGCGCUGGAUGUUUUUUCUCCUGCUUGUGAUCUGGAGUAUCUCAACCGCGGUGUUCACAAGAGGCUCUAAGAGACGCGAUGACACAGAACCUCGCCACUCGACCAACGAAUUACAAUGAAGACUCCUAGCUUGCACCAUCUUAAUUUUUGCCACCUCUUCCAAGGUUUCUUUCGUCAGCUUCGAACUAUUGUUUUAACCUUUGCGUGGUUUCUGCUGCUUCAGAGUUUUAUACUCUGUUAAACUAUAUUAUAUGCAUACAAUUUCCUGGAAUUUGUUUCAUAG